AUGUCCGGAGGAGACAUGGCCAAACCCCUCCUGGGCCAUCGGAGCAUGGAGGGUGACCCCAGCAUCACGCCUGCGGCCGGACGCACCAUCGGGGUGCUGGGGAGUGGGGACUUUGCGCGGUCGUUGGCCAUCCGCCUGGUGUGCUCCGGGUUCAAGGUGGUGGUCGGCAGCCGCAACCCGAAGCGAAAAGCCGGCCUCUUCCCUUCCGCAGCAGAAGUCACCUUCCAGGCUGAGGCGGUGAAGAAGACAGAUGUCAUUUUUGUGGCGGUUUUCAGGGAACAUUACUCUACCCUCUGUGACCUGGCUGAUGUGCUGGUGGGCAAGAUCCUGGUGGACGUUAGUAACAACACCGAGAUCAACCAUCGCAAAGAAUCCAAUGCUGAGUACUUGGCUUCCCUGUUCCCAGCCUGCACUGUGGUCAAGGGGUUUAAUGUGGUUUCUGCGUGGACGCUGCAGUCAGGUGCCAGGGAUGGAAAUAAGCAGGUUCUGAUUUGCUCAAAUAACCAAGAAGCCAAGCGCACCGUAGCAGAAAUUGCUCAAGUUAUGGGAUUCACCCCUGUGGACAUGGGCUGCAUGUCAUCAGCCUGUGAGAUCGAGAACAUUCCCCUGCGCCUCUUGCCAGCCUGGAAAAUCCCCAUCUUUUUGGCUCUGGGGCUCUUUCUUUGCUUUUUCACUUACAACCUGAUACGGCAGGUCAUCCACCCUUACAUCAGGGAGCAGAAGAACAAGUUGUACAAGAUCCCCAUCGAGGUGGUCAACACAACGCUGCCUUGCGUGGCCUACGUCAUGCUGUCUCUCGUCUACCUGCCCGGGGUGCUGGCAGCCUGCUCGCAGCUCUACUAUGGCACCAAAUACAGGCGCUUUCCAGAUUGGCUCGACCAGUGGCUCCAGCACCGAAAGCAGAUUGGUCUCCUCAGCUUCUUCUGUGCGGCUUUGCAUGCCGUGUACAGCCUCUGUUUGCCUAUGCGCCGCUCCCACCGCUACCAGUUGAUCGAGACGGCCGUCAAGCAGGCUGUGGAGAAGAAGAUGAAUAUCUGGGUAGAGGAGGAAGUCUGGAGGAUGGAGAUUUAUAUCUCUGUUGGAAUAAUUGCCCUGGGCUUGCUGUCGUUACUUGCCAUCACUUCACUUCCAUCCAUCGCAAACUCUCUCAACUGGAGGGAAUUCAGUUUCAUACAGUCCACCCUUGGAUUUAUUGCCUUGGUAAUCAGCACUCUGCACACACUCACGUACGGAUGGUCGAGGGCCUUCGAUGAGAACCAGUACAAAUUCUACCUGCCUCCGACCUACACCCUCACGCUGCUCGUCCCAUGUACUGUGAUCCUAGCAAAAGUCAUCUUCAAUUUGCCCUGCAUCCGGCAAAGACUUCUGCGAAUCAGGAGGGGCUGGGAGAAGGGGAGAUACGUGAAGUUUGUUCUGCCCAGUGCAACAGGGGAAUACUCAAGCGGGGAGACCUCUAGCAAUGUCUAACAGAGCCCCGGCUGUGACAGAGGAUUUCAAAGCACUAUCGACAUUUCUAUAAAGGUGUUUCUUUUUCUUAUAUGUAUGUUUUGGUAUAAUUGUAUUGUGGGUAAAUAAUAAAAUUAGAAAAUGGAUGACCGUGAAACUAGUUUAGACAGUAGUAGUUAAAUUAUAUUGCCGAUUUGCUAGGACAAUUAUUGCCUUAAAAAUGACCGUGAAA